AAUUGGAAUGAAGGAGGAGCGUGAGAGUCUUCAUUCCGCUAUUGAUGAGCUUAUGCAAAUCGGAAUGCAAAGAUCUGAUAUAUUCUCAAAGCUGGGUUCUGUGAAGAAAGAUGGGGACCUUAAUAUGGUUAUGGAGAUUUUAAAUAAGAAGCCUCAGACUUUCCAGGUUGAGAAACCAGAGCUUUCUCAGAAAACUAAAGGCGAGAAGAUGGUUAAUAAGAAGACGAAGCAGGAACAAGUUUCUGAUCCAGUUUCCAAGUUGAAGUUGUUGACAGAAAAGCCUGAAGCUUCUUGGUGGAAGAAGAAACGAAGAAAUGGACAAGAAGAAGAAGCCAGCAUUAAGGAGCUUCUUGUGAAGUUAUGACCAGACAACUGAUUAGGUUCUUGGGUGUUUAGCUUUGGAGGCUACCUUGAAGAAUAAAGAAGAGAAGUGAAAAAACGUUUUGUUUUAGUUCAUUGAUAAAGAGGUUUUUAUCUUUAAAGGCAAAAUACAACUGUCACCGGAAGCUUUGAAGCAUAUAUAUAAUGUAAAGAAUGUACAUUUCUUAACAUGUAAGGUUUAUACAUGUCACAAAUCUGUAUUUUACCAUAUAUUCUUCAGGUAUAUAUAAGAGCUCUGAAAAAUUCUG